AGUCGGACGCUCCGAGCGGGCGGCGGGGCUCGGGGUGGGGUGGGGAGCCCUGGGAGGCGACAGCCGAGAGCUCAGUCACAACCUCAGCCGCCUCCGAGCGGUAGGAGGGAGCAGCCGGUCGCUGCGUCCCAGGCGGCCACUUUCCGGGGACCCGGCUCCUCUCGCCCGGGAGCAGAUAGUCCUCUGCGCCCUCCGGGUAUCUCCGGUCCAUACCUUUCUCAACGACAUGGAAGAAUUUUUGCAGCGCGCCAAGUCUAAAUUGAAUCGAAGCAAACGUUUGGAGAAGGUCCAUGUGGUUAUUGGACACAAAUCCUGUGAUUUGGAUUCUCUCAUUUCUGCCUUCACAUAUGCUUACUUUCUAGACAAGGUCAGCCCACCAGGGGUUCUCUGUUUGCCCGUGCUGAACAUACCGAGAACUGAAUUCAAUUACUUCACUGAAACAAGGUUUAUUUUAGAAGAGCUAAAUAUCUCUGAAUCAUCCCACAUAUUCCGAGAUGAAAUUAAUCUGCAUCAGCUAAAUAAUGAAGGGAAGUUAUCUCUAACACUUGUUGGCAGCAACGUACUGGCAAGUGAGGACAAAGCUUUAGAAUCAGCAGUUGUCAAGGUCAUUAAUCCGGCGGAUCAGGGCGACAACGGCUUUGAGUUCCGAGAGUCUUCAUCGUCUCUGGUGGUGAAAGAGAUCCUCCAGGAGGCUCCUGAGCUCAUCACCGAGCAGCUGGCUCAUCUGCUCAGAGGUAGCAUCCUUUUUAAGUGGAUGGCCAUGGAGCCCAAGAAGAUCUCAGAAAAGCAGGAGGAAAUUCUUUCUAUCCUGGAAGAAAAAUUUCCCAGCUUACCUCCAAGAGAGGACAUUAUCAACAUCCUGCAGGAGACCCAGUCCAGUGCUCAGGGCUUAGGUAUUGAACAGACAAUGCUGAAGAAUCUAAAGGAACUUUCAGAUGGAGAAAUAAAAGUGGCCAUUAGCACUGUGAACAUGACCCUGGAGAACUGUACAUUUCACAGCAAUAUCACCAGUGAUUUGAAAGCAUUCACAGACAAGUUUGGUUUUGAUGUCCUCAUCCUCCUGUCCAGUUACCUGUCGGAGGAGCAGCAACCCAGACAACAGAUCGCUGUGUACUCUGAGAACCUAGAGCUGUGCAGUCAGAUCUGCUGUGAACUGGAAGAGUGCCAGAACCCUUGCCUGGAGCUGGAACCCUUUGAGUGUGGCUGUGAUGAGAUCCUGGUGUACCAGCAGGAGAACCCUUCGGUGACUUGUGAUCAGGUGGUUCUCCUUGUCAAGGAAGUCAUCAACAGGAGGUGUCCUGAGAUGGCCUCCAACAGCCGGACAUCCUCCACAGAAGCGGUGGCAGGCAGUGCCCCACUCUCCCAGGGAUCUUCAGGGAUUAUGGAGUUGUAUGGUUCUGAUGUAGAGCCACAGCCCAGCUCUGUGAAUUUCAUGGAAAAUCCUCCCGAUCUCGGUGAUUCUAACCAGGCCCAGGUGGAUGUCAAUGCGGACCUGGUGAGCCCAGACAGUGGGCUGGCCACCAUCAGGAGCAGCCGCUCAUCCAAGGAGAGCUCCGUGUUCCUCAGUGAUGACAGCCCUGUGGGAGAAGGGGCAGGGCCUCACCACAGCCUCCUCCCAGGGUUUGACUCCUACAGUCCCAUCCCCGAAGGAGCAGUAGCGGAGGAGCAUGCCCGCUCUGGAGAACAUGGUCAAUCAUUCGACCUUUUCAACUUUGACCCAGCACCCAGGGUUUCUGGGCAGUCUCAACCAUCCUCCCAUUCUGCUGACUACUCCCCAACAGAUGACUUCUUCCCCAACAGCGAUUCCUCAGAAGGACAGCUCACCAUGGGGUCUAAAGAACUUGACAGGAGGGGGAUGGACAUGCCUAAUUAUUCAUCCAGUUCUCUCUUGUCAGGGGCUGGCAAAGAGAGCCUCGUGGAAUUUGAUGAGGAGUUUGUCCAGAGACAAGAAAGUCCCGGGGGUGAUUCUGAAAGAAAUUUGAGCCUGACAGGUUUUAUGCAAGAUGAAUCUCCUUCUCCAGAAAGUCUAAAAACUGUUGGAAAGAGGAUCCCACCAACACCUAUGAAUAGCUUUGUGGAAAGCUCACCAUCCACUGAAGAACCAGCUCUGCUCUAUUCAGAAGACGUGACCCCCAAGACAGUCAACACAGGCCACCCAGGGCCACCUCUAACCCGGGCACGAUGCAGCAGCUGGUGGGAUGGUUUGGAAAUCGACUCUAAAAAUAUCGUGGAUGCAUGGAGUUCCAGCAAGCAGGAAUCUGUCUUCCAGAGCCCUGAGUCCUGGAAAGAUCAUAAGCCAAGCCCAGCUGAUAGGAGAGCCUCAGACUCUAUAUUUCCCAAGAAUCUUGACUUCCCAAAGUCAAGUCCCUGGGAGUCAGAAUUUGGUCAGCCUGGGCUGGGCAACAAGAAUAUUCAAGACUCAGAUGAGAAAAACUUCCAGUUUCAGGACAUGCCCCCUGAGAAAUCAUGUUUGCUCAAUGUUUCUCCUCACGGAACAAACCACCUGAUAGAAGACUUCGCUGCCCUGUGGCGUUCUGACCGCUCUCCCACAGCCAUGCCUGAGCCGUGGGGAAACCCCACAGAGAAUGAGGAACCAGCUGCUGCAGCGUCAUUCCCAGCCUGGAGUGCAUUUGGUGAAGAAGGUGAUGCCAAAGCUUUGAAAAACACUUGGAAUCUGCACCCAACGAGUAGCGAGACACCUUCUGUGAGAGACCCAAACGAGUGGGCCAUGGCCAAAAGUGGGAUCGCUUUCCCUUCAGAAGACCUCGUGGACAGUUCACCCACUGAAGCCAAUAAUGAAGCGGUUCAAGAAAUCUGGGGCAAGAAGAACCAUGACCCCAGGGAUGAUAUUCUCAUAUCUGGAAAUCCCACAUCUGAUCUGGAUCAUCCAUGGAAUAGUUCUAAACCAGCAAAGGACCAUCAGAACAGUGUGGUGGACCCAACAAUUAGGGGCAAAAUGUACAAAAAUGUAGAUUCUUGGAAUCUUUUCGAGGAGAGUAACAAGGAAGGAGGUUCAGAUGUCCCAGCACCUUGGGAGGACUCCUUCUUAUCCUAUAAAUGUUCUGACUACAGUGCAUCCAACGUCAGGGAAGACUCAAUGCCCUCCCCCUUAGAUACCAACUACUCCACCUCUGACUCUUAUACUUCACCAACAUUGGCCAAAGAGGAGAAAGAAACCAAAGACAAGCCACUCACUAAAGAGGAGGGUUUUGAGUCACAAGAUGCUAACUGUACUGCAGGGGGCGCUGACAUGCCUCCUCAGUCCCCGCAGCAGCCACCAAGAAAUCAAAUGAGUUCAGGUCCUGGGAACCUGGAAAUGUGGGCUUCAUCUCAGGCAGAUGGUGGCGCAGAAAUAAAUGCCACCCACAGCCCAGAUAAAGAUCUACUCCAAGUAGAGCCCACGGACGAUCAGAAUGUCUCCCUUGAGGAUGACACGGGGGAAAGCAGCCAGUCCAGUUAUGACGACCCCAGCAUGAUGCAGCUGUACAACGAGACGAACCGACAGCUCACACUUCUGCACAGCAGUGCUGACGCCCGGCAGGCAGCCCCUGACAACCUCGACACGUGGAACAGAGUGAUCCUGGAGGACACUCAGUCUACUGCAACCAUCUCGGAUAUGGACAAUGACUUGGACUGGGAUGACUGCAGUGCGGGCGUGGCCAUCACUGGUGAAGGUCAGGCACAAGGGUACAUGGUGGAAGGUAGCGAACCUGAAACCCGAUUUUCAGUGAGACAGGUAGAACCCUGGGGCGUGGACUAUCAGGAGGCAAAUCAGGCAGACUGGGAACUCCCUGCCUCUUCUGAGCACAGCCUGGACGUGGCUCCUGAUGAAUACCACGUGCUGAAUGAGAAAAGUGGGCAGCUGAUUGCGAAUAGUAUUUGGGAUUCUGUCAUGAGAGAUAAUGCCAUGUCAUCAUUAAUAUUACCUAGCCCAUCGUAUGCUACAGAUACAGAACAGAGCAGAUCACCUCCUGAAACAACCAGCUCAUUAGAAAAAAUUCAGGAUAGUCACAUUGCAGACGUGCUGGAAGCCUCUGAAGCCAGUGAGUCUGAAACAAUCGAUCCUGACAAGCAGGACACAUGCAGAGGAACCCUGCCAAGUGAUACGUCAUAUUUGGUGACCAGACUUGAGAAUCCAGAGCAUUUUGCAUGCUCAGAUCCCUGGAAGGGUCUUAGCUAUGGGCAAAAGGAAAGUGAGAAGGAAUUCCACGGAGCUGCUGAUAGGGAGCAUUCCAGUGAUGAGCUAAUGGAUGGAGCCUCAGAACCUUCUGGAAAAGGGCAAGGUAGCCAGGAAUGCCCAUCCCCAGCUGCAUCUGAUCAUCAAGAAAUCUCCAAUGAACCAGGCAAAAUCAUAAAUUUUUCAGUGACUUCCAGUCCUCAGACCAAGGAACCCCAGGAAGUAUUAGAGCAGGAGAAGGGGUCUUACACUCCAGACCCCUGUGAUGUGCAAACAGAGGUGUCCGAAGAUCACUUGCCAGCAAGAGAGAUGUGUGAAGAGCACCUCAUAAGCCCCAGAAGAAAUUCAAGCGAAACUACUGAAAUUCCAGAUAGGCUGAAUUCCACAAAAAGUGUGUCUCUGCCUCAAGUGGAUGUGGAGAAAUCUGAAGAAUGUGACAUUCUGGAGCCAGAGAAAAUUAACCAAGAGCCAUCUGAUGAAUGUCCCCAAGGCCUUGACUCUUGGGAUGGCCUUAAAGACAGUGAUGUGCUGGUCAGUGGUGCAAGUUCUGAGACAACUAUGAAUCUUGAAGUUAGGAAUACUGAAAACAGCCCUCCCAGAGCCAAUUUAUCAGGAAAUGAUGACAGAGAUAGUAUUUCUAGUGAGUAUACACUUUCAAGUGCAUCCAGUCCUGACAUAAAUGAUUCUUCGGCUACACUGCCUUCCUGGGACCAAGGACUCAAUACUGGGCAUCAGAAGGAAAAUCGAAAUGAUUGGAGUACACAGAAUCGCCAAGAAUCUGAACUAAUGACUACUGAUGGUCAUGUAGAAGUAGUUGCUGAAAUGCAGGAUUUGGAGAAAAACAGAAUGGACAGGUUUGAAAGGAGCUUAGAUCACAAGGUUCCUAAAUUUUUAGAGUUUUGGGGUGACUCAAUAGAUGGUGAUUCCUUUUCUUCUUUAUCCAGCCCAGAAACAGGUAGAUAUUCUGAAUAUUCAGAUGCAUAUCAGGAAAGAAAGCUAGUGGUCAGCCAUCAGGAGAAAAGUGAACGUGAUCUUCCUGAAACUGUACAGCCAGAGGACACCAGCUUCAUUUCAACAAGCUCAGGUUCUGAUGAUGAUGGUGAAGGCUAUGAAGAGUCAGUGGAGAAAGAGAUCCAUUCAGAUACUUGUCAAGUGGCUCCGAGUGAACUCAGAGCUUGGGAUUCAUUAAAUAAAUCUAAUAAGUCCUUGGCUGCAGCAGAUCCUGAAUCUGAGCAAUGUUCUGUCUAUAGAGGCAGUCCAGAGCAAGCAGAGAAUGAGAAUAAGUCAAAUCCAUCCUGUGAUGAUCAACAAAGCAGCCCUGAUCACUGGCAUUUCUCACCAGUAAGGGAGACUGAAUUACAGGUAACAGCAGUCGAUAAGGAGACAAGGUCUUCUCCAGAAACAGGGAGGACAGGGGAUGUCAUAUGGCAAAUAUCUCCCAAAGCUGAACCAAAUAAUGAAAAUUACUCUAAAUUGGAAAUGGCUGACUUCUCAACUGAGAGCACGGAGUGGUGGAAGGCCUCCCUACAGGAAGGGCGACCAAUCGAGAGUGCAUUUGAAGGGAAAUUAUCUAACUCAAGUGCUGUGCUAGAAAUGAAUUCCUCAGUGUGCGAAAACAUGGGUCCUUGGGGAGUGCCCAUUCAGGGUGAUACUGAAUCCCUGGCACUGCCUGGUACCAAUCCUUUUGAUGAUAACCAUCAGUCACCCUUUCUAGAUCAUAAUGGGGAGAAUGCCCACGAGCAGCUUUGGAACAUUCAACCAAGACAGCCAGACCCAGAAGCUGAUCAGCUUAACCAACUUGUAAUAUUGGAACAAAUUAAAGACACAGAUUCCAGAGAACAAACCUUCAUGUCUUCUGCCGGUGACGAACUCUCCUCUGAAGUGCCUACGCAAGAACUGUGUCAGAAUUCAGUGCUGUCUGCCUGGGACCAGCCAGACUCGUCUUGUACUUACGCAGAUGAAAAUGGAUGCAUUGUAUCUGGUGUAGCAACAACUGAGUGUCAAGAAACAAAUUGGUGGGAAGAAGAAAAAUCACACCCAAGUGAAAUGACAAAUUCAAACAUGACCUCUGAAGAUUUCCCUGCUGUCAGUUCUCCCACCCGGAUGAUGAACAAGUCAGGCUCUGAAUGGAGUGACUCUACCCCUACUGAGGGCCCCCAGGGCACGUUUGUUCCAGAUAUUUUACACGGCAACUUCCAAGAGGGUGGGCACCUGGCCUCAGCUUCGCCCGACUUGUGGAUGGGUGUGAAACAGCCCUUCAGUGUGAAGACAGAUGGUGAGAAUCCUGAUAUACUGACUCACUGUGACCACGACAGCAAUUCCCAGGCUUCCAACAGCCCUGAUGUUUGUCAUGAUUAUGAAGUAAAGCCAGAGACGAAGCAGCACACUGAUGCUGGGCUGGGACCUGAAAGGGAAGCCAGUGAGUUAUAUCUCACCGAGCCAGAGAUAGAUGAAGAAUCCAGACAGGAGCCUGGGCAGGAAUUUGUCCCUUAUACUUCAGAACUGUCCUCUGAAAAUGUCAUUCCACUGCCUCCAGUCAGCGAGCAGACAAACACAAAUGACUCAUCUCAGCCUUCCUCUCGCGAGUGUUUUCCUGAACCUUCUGAAAUUAAUGGUGAAAACAAUACAGGCUUAAAAGCAUCAGAACAAGGACACAACCCAGAUAUGGCACCAAUUUUGGAACCUCUUGACAGAACAAUCUCAAUGAUUGAAAAUGUGGAAACUGGUAUUUGUGUAACUUACCAAGAGCCAACUGUGGACGACAGUAGGUCUUCGAUAUCAGAAGACUUUCUUCCUCAGAGGCAGACCGAUGCAGGGGACUUGUUGGACCAUGAGCAGCCCUCUGUUACUGAGAAUCCUGCCACGGUUCCUGAUGCUUUGCUAGCCUCGGACACUUGUCUGGAUGUCAGUGAAGCUGCCUUCGACCACAGUCUCAGCGAUGCCUCAGGUCUCAACACGUCCACGGGAACAAUAGAUGACAUGAGUAAGUUGACGUUAUCAGAAGGCAUUCCUGAAACGCCAUUUGAUGUGGAGACAGGGAAGCAAGAUAUCUGUUCAUCUGAAGCCUCGUGGGGUGACUUUGAGUAUGAUGUCAUGGGCCAAAAUAUUGAUGAAGACUUAAUGAAAGAGCCUGAACACUUUGUCUAUGGUGGUGAGCCUCCCUUGGAAGAAGACACCCUGAAGCAUGAGUUGGCACCUUACACACCUCCCUUUGAUUUGUCCUAUCUCACGGAACCUACUCCUGGCAUCAAAACCACAGAGGAAUCUGGGACUCCAGAGGAUGAGUCUCUGGGGAGCGAAGCAGCAGAGAUACUGCUUUCUGCCCUUCCUGAUGAAAGAAACCAGGAAAACCAUGCUGAGACCACAGACAGACAGCCUGAAGGCCAGCCAGUUGUACUGCACAUUCACGAAGACCCUGAGUCAGUUCCUUUGCCUGUCGGAAUCGAUGCCAACCCUGAGUUGUCUCCAUCACACAUUGACUGGGAAGUAGAAACAGAUCAUUCAGAUUCACCAGCAGGUGGAGAUAUAGGACCACCAAGUGGUGCCAGUGAGGGAAUAUUAGAGUUGGAAGAAGAAAAAAUAAUUCCUACUGAAGAGCCUGAGCAGGUAAAAUCAGAACAUGGGGAGGAAAGGAACACUGAGAAGAAAGAAGAUCGUCAUGCAUUGCAUAUGGAUUACAUACUUGUAAACCAUGAAGAAAAUUCACUGCCAGAGCCAGAGGCCUGUGAAGCUAGAGAAAUCACAUCGGAAUUAGAAGAGCUUCGCGUAGAUGCUGAGGAAAAAGGGCUGCCAGAAACUCAGUUAGCCAGCUCCCCGGACACAGGUCAACCAGCUUCCUUAAAUGAAAGAAAUCAUCUAUCUACAGAGAGAAUGUCUUCCAAAGAUGAUAAGAGAUCAUCUUUUGAAAGCCCUGGGCAAGACCAGAGUUGGAUGGUCUUGGGCCGUAGUGAGGUUAGUGAUCCAUCAUCAGAGACCAUGGACUCAGGACCUGGAUGGUCUGGUGAGGGUGUGGAGCCAGCCUCUGAUCACAGCUUGGGCCAGAGCCCCCAAAUACAGAUUCUGGAAGAAAUGAAGCCUCUAGAAUCUUUAGCACUAGGGGAAGCCUCUGAUCUGGGCAGCCAAUCACGGAGGAGCAAGAGCCGAGGCAGAGCUGGCCCUGAUGCCGUUAUGUUGCAGCCUGUCGCCCAUGACAAUGAAUGGGAAAUGCUUUCACCACAAAACAUAAUCCCUGAAAUGGAAAUGGAGGAGGAGACAGAGUUUCUUGAGCCCAGAACAAGGAAACCAAGACCAAACGGACUGCUGUCAGAGGAUGUGGGAAUGGACAUCCACUCUGAGGAGGGGAUGCUGAGUCCCACUGCUGCAGACAUGAGGCCAGAACCGCCUAAUUCUCUGGAUCUUGAUAGCACUCAUCCUCGGAAAAUCAAACUCACAGCCCCAAAUAUCAAUCUGUCUCUGGAUCAAAGUGAAGGGUCUGUUCUCUCUGAUGAUAACUUGGACAGUCCAGAUGAGAUUGAUAUCAAUGUGGACGAACUUGAGACUCCCGAUGAAGCAGAUUCUUUUGAGUACACUGGCCAUGAGGAUUCCACAGGCAACAAAGAUUCUGGCCAAGAGUCGGAGUCUAUUCCAGAAUAUACGGCAGAAGAGGAGAGGGAGGACAACCGGCUGUGGAGGACCGUGGUGAUCGGAGAACAGGAGCAGCGGAUUGACAUGAAGGUCAUCGAGCCCUAUAGGAGAGUCAUUUCUCACGGAGGAGACUCAGGAUACUAUGGGGACGGCCUAAAUGCCAUCAUUGUGUUUGCCGCCUGUUUUCUGCCAGACAGCAGUCGGGCGGACUACCACUAUGUCAUGGAAAAUCUUUUCCUAUAUGUAAUAAGUACUUUAGAGUUGAUGGUAGCUGAAGACUAUAUGAUUGUGUACUUGAAUGGUGCGACCCCAAGACGGAAGAUGCCGGGGCUAGGCUGGAUGAAGAAAUGUUACCAGAUGAUUGACAGACGGUUGAGGAAGAAUUUAAAAUCAUUCAUCAUUGUUCAUCCAUCUUGGUUCAUCCGAACAAUCCUUGCAGUUACACGACCUUUUAUAAGUUCCAAAUUCAGCAGUAAAAUUAAAUAUGUCAGUAGUUUAGCAGAACUCAGUGGACUGAUCCCAAUGGAUUGCAUCCAUAUUCCAGAGAGCAUCAUCAAACUGGAUGAAGAUCUGAGGGAAGCAUCUGAAGCAGCUAAAACUAGCUGCCUUUACAAUGAUCCAGAAAUGUCUUCUAUGGAGAAGGAUAUUCAUCUGAAGCUGAAAGAAAAGCCCUAGUUGGCCACAUCUGGAUGAAGGGGCUGCUUGUCUGCUUCGUGGUUCUGUUGAAACAUACCUACCUGGAAGAGAGAGCAGUGAUGGUAGUCUGUUUCCUCUCUGCACUACCUGCUGCCAUUCUAAAUUUCUAAGGGGAAAAACAGCAAGAGAAUCUGUUUACUCUUAACAUGUUUUAUGGAAUUGUGUGUAUUUUCCUAUUUUGCCAAUUAUGUGCCUCAGAGAUUUUAGUUGAACCUUAGCAAGAAAGUAGGACCUUCCAUUUCAAUAUUUCAUUAACCCUUGGUACAGUGGUAUUUCAGUCCCUAGGAAAGUUGGCCCCACAUAAACUCUACCUUUCAAGCCCUAAGCUUGCUUAAGAUAGCCAUACAUAGACACAGGUGUGACACCACGUCAGUUAAGCAUCCACUUGGUUCUUGUCCACGUUUAUUCUAACAUCUCCAAAGGAAGCCAGGUUUCCUAAUUCACACCAAUUUCGUUUUAGUUAUCAAAAUGGGCAUUGUGUUUUUUGUGAAUUUGGUUUUUUAAAAAAGUCAUUUCUUCAGUGAACGUUGAGGACCUCCAAACUGAGAAACUUAAGGAUCAAUGUUCACAUUUCUGGUAGCUGUCUUUGAUUCAAGCCAUGAACUUAGUUCAAGAUGUCACACUUUAAGUGCUAAGGACACUGUGGAAGGCAGCCCCUCAGAAAUUCAUUCUUUGGUAACACUGAGUUAUCUGAAUCUCUCUCAUAUGCAUUAUAAAACAUAAUCUGCUUUAACACACUCACAGGCUUAAAAUUAAAUAUGAGUAUGUACUAUCCUUUGCAAAAUAGUUCUUUAUAGUCUUCAUAUGUUUUUUAAAAUACCAGCAUGGUUUAGAACUCAUGGGCCUCUAGAGGAGGGAGGGGUUGGUAAAUCUAGCACCUCAACCUGUUUUCACAUGGCCUUCAAGAACGGUUUUCAUGCUUUGGGUUGAAAAAAAUUUUUUAAUAUUUCAUGACAUAAGAGAACUAUCAAAUUUCAGUCCCCAUAAAUAACGUCUGAUUGAAACAUGGCCACACAAAUUUGUUGACAGACUCUCUGCAGCUACUUUCAUCUUACAGCAGCAGAAUGGAGUAACUGCCACAGACCAUGUGGCCCAUGGGGCCUGAAACAUUGACUCUCUUUAUAGACAGCGUUUGCUGAGCCCUGUGCCAGCCCAUGCAACCUUCCUCUGUCUCCCAUUUGUACUCAGAUGCUGGUUUCUCUAACAGUACGCACAAAUUAGGCUGCAAACUAAUUUACUCUUAAAAAAGUAAACUUCUGGCAUCCACAAAUCAGCAAGACUCACAUCUGCUGACAAAGGCAAGGAGUUCCUAGCCAUGAACACAUGGCUCAGGUCGUGUUUACACAACCCAAAGUUAAGCCUGCUUAGAAGGCUUCUGGCUGUUCAGAGGUGUUGCUGAGGUCCUGUCCUUAACCCUGGAAACUCACAGACUCUGCUAUCACAUAUUAUUAACAGUCUCUUCAAAAUUAAACUGUAGUGGAGACCAGGGUUCCACCAUACUCUGAGGGUGAUAACUAUCUCUGGGAGAGCUUUCAGGGACAUGUCGAGCCCUGGGUAUCAUAAGCUUUGAAGUAGACAUCUUUGCACAGGUUUCUGAAUUUCACUGCCUUCAUCUGCUUCAUGUCCGUCCCUCACCCACCUGCCAGACAUGCCUUCAUACACACAGGUCAGCUCUCUCUCCUCCAUAAGCCAUAGUUACUAUGUCCCCUUCUCAAUCCCUUUCCACUUGGUAUCCUACUAGAUCAUUCUUCUGGGUCUCCACCCUCAUAACAUCUGGCUUGUCUGAUAGAAAAACCCUGGAGCACGUCUUCUUCCACAGCCCACCUCCGCCUUUGGCAGCCCAAAUUGUGCCUUUCCCAGAACUUAGCAUGGACAUAAGCGCAAUGACCCGGUUUUCCAAUUUGUUCACCCAGUUUGCUCACUGUUGCCCUGGCAUCAUUAUUAAUAAUGCUCUCUCACUCAGUAAAGUCCCAUUUUGGAAGAUGAAUUAUGUGGUCCCCUUAGCCACAGGAAGUAAUGAAGAAUUCAGUGUUCAGCUUAGAGGUAUGAACUGGAGGACAUACAGCUGUCCAUAAAAGGUUCUUGUGACAGGCAACCAGACACAACAACAGCCUUAGCAUUUACAUUGUCUUUGAACUUGUCCAGCCUGUUCAUGGAAGGCUACUCAAGUGGUAUUCUGUUUGGAGUUUUAUCUUCCUAUGUGGAAAUUAUGAGCAUCUUUCCUGAUUAAUGAUUUUGUUUGGACUGUUCAAUGGGCUGUAUAACCAUUCUGAUAGUUAGGCAUCUGCUAUUUUAUUAUCUUAAAAAGAAAAUUUAAUUGCACGUGCUAGAUAAAAGCUACCAUGUAAAUUCAAAUCAAGUGAAUAGAAGCCUAGAAGAAUUCUGAAAAAAAUAACCCCUCAGCAAAUAAGUAGACAGAUGUAAACAUUCACACCAUUAGCUAUCUAGCUUUUGCAUUCUGAGCAUUCUUGCUUUGGUUCUGACUUCUGGGAACUGUUUGCACUUUUCCUGUAGAUUUGUUGUUAAGGGAACCAAGGGGUCAUUGGGGCCAAAGUAUUGUUUUCCCAAAGUGUCAACUGCUAUUCACUUAGCUCCUUGAUUAAGAGAAAGAACAAAAAUCUGCACAGAAGAUAUUGUCAAGGAGUAAGAAAGUCUGUCUGAGGGCAAUAGCUAAGGGUGGAAGAAAACCCGGAAGUUCCUGUUGAAGCCAUACAAUGUUUUAUGGGGUUAUCUUCUAAGACAUAAUACCGACAUAUGUGAGGAAGUCACUACUCCAGGCCUUUGUGUUAUUAAGGUCUCGUUUUAAGUAUUCAGUUAUGGUACUGAUUUUGCAACUCUCAUCUAAUUAAUCAUAAUGCCUCUGUAGUUUGCUCCCUUAGAAAUAUUUAGAUGUGCACAAAUGAAUCUUUUAUAUGUUUAAAGGUUUUUUUCUACCAUGUAUUGGAUUGCUCAGAAUAAAGUAUCUAUUAGAUCUUUGUUUUAGUAAAUAAAUUCUAUCUAAAUAGUGUGAAUUGAUAAUAUAAAAAUAUGUAACAACACAAUAUAUAUAUUCAUAUAUAUAUAUAUAUAUAUAUAGCCUCUCUGUAUAAUUCAGAAAUAAAAAAAAAUGAUUCCACAAGUAAUGGCAUUC